AUGGCUGUCCUCAACUCCAUCUCAUGGGAUGAAGCAGCAUACUCUCGCACGUCCGAAGAGGCAUGGGCCGCGUUCAUCAAAUCGCGCUUCGCGGCCCUCGCGACACCAAAACUGACCGUCGGACCCUCUGUUCAGUCGCGCAUGAUAGAGCAGGAGCUCAGGAUGCUCAAAAAGUACUUGAGUGUCGCCUUUCGGUGCCGGAAUGCCGUCUCAGGUGCUGCCGCGUUACCGGCGGAGGUCCUCUCCACGAUCUUCACUCUCGCGCAGGAUGGUGGCUGGCAGCCUCGUCAUAUAGUUGAGAACGGCACAUCACGCUUCGACCUGGGCUGGAUCAACGUCAGUCAUGUAUGCAGCAUGUGGAGACAAACAGCUCUGCGCACACCCGCAUUAUGGCCGAAGAUAUCGUGUCCGCACUUGCCCUCGAGGAUGCUGCCAGAGGUCAUUCGUCGCGCAAGGGACCUUCCGCUGGAGCUCUAUGUGGAUACAACCGCGUUCAAGCAAGGCAAUUUCCCUGUCGAGCGAUGGCUUUGCGAACCCAUCGUGAAGCGCUGCAAGUCAGUUUUCGUCACUUCGAGGGACAUAGACGAGACGUCGCGCGUGAUACAUUGCCUUCCUCCGGCCGAAUACAGCUUGAAGGAGCUUGCCGUGGACCUCGAUAUCACCGACUGCGGCGGUGACUGGUGCCUUUUCGAACCCGAGGUCAACAUGGCUGUCGCAGGGUACUUCCCGGCUCUGGAUCGGCUGUCCCUCCGUGGUUGUUUCCCGUGCUGGGGGAUGCUGAUGGCGCUCCCCGACAACCUUACCCGGCUUUCCCUGGCGAUAGAUGGUGUAGACGGGUCAACAGACCCGAGGUACCGCCCAGAUGCGCGUCGCUUUAGAGACGCACUUGUCGCACUACCUCAUCUCCAACACCUCAUCCUCGAAAACUUCUUCCCUGAACCACUCUACACCGCGACGGCCAAUAUGGUGCCACUUCCCGGCGGACCAUUCACCAUCACGCAGCUACGCAGCCUCACUGUCAUCUGCAACUGUUCCUGGACCUACGAACAACACUAUGGGUACUUCUGGAGAAACUUCCGCGUGCCGCGAACCGCCAUCGUGCAAGUCGACCUUUCGCUCGGCAGAGCAAAGUUCAAGGGAGACUACCUCGCGCCUAUCACUUUUAUGGGUGCAGAUGCUGAACUGCCUCUCGAGAUGACGCUCUCCAAGCACACCGUCAGUGUGCGAUACAGCGAGAUCGAGGGAGACUAUUGGACCGGGCGCUCUAAUCCCGAUCCAUUCUACAGCCCCACGACGGAUCAAUACUGGGACGUCGAUACGCUUCGUGGAAGCAGGCAUAUACACGACGCUGACACCUAUGUCGUCAAUUUCGCCAACCAACUCCCUCUUCCCUCAUUACGCGCCAUCUUCCUCCCCGCAGAUGUCCUCCCGUGGUAUCACGACCCCGAUGACUGGAUAUCAUCCUUCUCCACUGCACAGGACGUACGGCGCUUGUCGUUCACAUACCCUACAUCCUACGAGCUUCUCGUCGCGCUCGCUCGAACCGCACAACGAGCUCACGAUGCGCCCUCUCUGGCGCUAUUCCCUCGUCUCGACACGCUCAUCUUCCACGGUGACGCAACGCUCCAUGGCAGCAAGGACGAUCAGAUCAUCCCUGAGUCGCUGGAUGUAGCGCUAUUUGAUGUACUAUCUACGCGCGCGAGAUGCGAUGCGCCGAUCAAGCGCAUAUUCGUGAGUAAGCAGCUUGCGUCGUGGGAGGUCUGGGAGCACAUAGAUCACGCUGCUAUCGCUGUAGCUUUCUUCUGA